AGGACGUAGCUACAUUUACUAAACUUACUGGUUUCCCACUGCUUUUGUUUGGGGGAUGUGGCUUUUCAACCCUCGUGCGAUUCUCAGUCCCAUAUCAGCAUUUUCUAGCACAGCACGCCGGCAUUCCUGUAUGAACAGGGGAAAUAAAAACCCUCCCUUUUCCUCCCAAACUCCUGCCCGGCCGCCCCCCCACCCCGCCCCGCCGCCGUCCGGGCUCGCCGUCCCGCCGGCCGCGCCGCGCUCCUCAGAAAGUCCUGGAGCUGAAGGAGGAUUUGAAGCCGGUGCCCGCUGCCCCUGCGGAACAGCAGCCGCUCUUGCCUCGCUCAGCCUGUCAUCAGAUGUUAGAACCAGCCUGGGCCUCAUGUUUGUGGAUGUUUUAACGUGUGUUAACUGUGGAGGGUCUGCAGAGCCUCCUGGGACUAGAGGCGCUUGGGGAAAUAAGAAAGGAAGAUUUGGAGCAGGUUCUGAGUCUGCUCCUCCGCGUGGCACCUUGGAGUUUCUAGCUGGCACCAUUACCUCCAACGAGUGGAGUUCUCCCACCUCCCCUGAGGGGAGCAACGACUCGGGGGGCAGUGAGGCCUUGGACAAACCCAUCGACAAUGACGCUGAGGGCGUGUGGAGUCCGGACAUCGAGCAGAGCUUCCAGGAAGCGCUAGCCAUCUACCCGCCAUGCGGCCGGCGCAAGAUCAUCUUGUCAGACGAAGGCAAGAUGUAUGGCCGAAAUGAGUUGAUUGCCCGCUAUAUUAAGCUGAGAACAGGGAAAACACGCACAAGGAAACAGGUAUCUAGUCACAUCCAGGUCCUGGCAAGGCGGAAGGCUAGAGAGAUCCAAGCCAAGCUCAAGGAUCAGGCAGCUAAAGAUAAAGCCAUGCAGAGUAUGGCUACAAUGUCAUCUGCCCAGAUUAUCUCUGCAACUGCCUUCCAUAGUAAAAUGGCCUUGCCUGGUCUCCCACGACCAGCCUACCCUGCUGUUUCUGGGUUUUGGCAAGGAUCAUUGCCAGGCCAAGCUGGAUCUUCCCAGGACGUGAAACCUUUUUCUCAACAACCUUAUGCUGUACAGCCUCCACUUCCAAUACCAGGGUUUGAAUCUCCUACUGGCCUCUCACCUUCCCCAUCAGCACCAGCUUGGCAAGGACGAAGGGUUGCUAGCUCCAAACUUUGGAUGUUAGAGUUCUCUGCAUUCUUGGAACAACAGCAAGACCAAGACACAUAUAACAAACACCUGUUUGUGCACAUUGGGCAGUCAAGCCCCAGCUACAAUGACCCCUACCUCGAGGCAGUGGAUAUCCGGCAGAUCUAUGACAAGUUCCCUGAGAAGAAAGGGGGCCUGAAGGAGCUCUUUGAAAGGGGGCCAGCUAAUGCCUUCUUCCUUGUCAAAUUCUGGGCUGAUUUGAAUACUAAUAUUGAAGAUGAAUCCAGAUCUUUCUAUGGUGUUUCCAGCCAGUAUGAGAGCCCAGAAAACAUGGUCAUUACCUGUUCCACCAAAGUGUGUUCCUUUGGAAAGCAGGUGGUAGAGAAAGUAGAGACAGAGUAUGCACGCUACGAAAACGGACACUAUUCCUACCGCAUCCACCGCUCCCCUCUCUGCGAAUACAUGAUCAACUUCAUCCAUAAACUCAAGCACCUUCCCGAGAAGUACAUGAUGAACAGUGUGCUGGAGAACUUCACUAUCUUACAGGUUGUGACAAACAGGGACACACAGGAGACCUUGCUGUGCAUAGCAUAUGUUUUUGAAGUAUCAACUAGUGACCACGGUGCCCAACAUCACAUCUACCGGCUGGUGAAGGACUAGAGACUCUGCCCUGAGUUGUCCAUGGAAUGCAUGUCUAAGAAAAAAGUCUGUGCUCGAACAUCCCCUGCCCCCUCCCAAACCAAACUGAAAAAUAAACUGCAGAUAUUGUGUAUUUUCAGAAGAGUA